AUGAAGCCUCUUUCAUUCUUCACUGUGCUUCUAGCUGCCUCGGGAGUCAAUGCCAAGGUGACCAAUCUUCCGAAGAAAGAAGUGAAAUGCAGUGGUGUCAGCCGCGCAUUCCAGGUUUCGGAUGUUGAGAAAGCUGGAGAAGCCGCUAUUAAACACAAGAAUAGUCCUAUUGGGGCUCGCCUAUACCCUCAUAGAUACUAUUUUGAUCGUCCUGACUGCCCCGGUGAUCUCUGGGGGUUCCCGCUCAGUUGGACGAUUGAAUACACGGGAGGAGACCCUGGACUCGUUAGGGGUAUUUUCACCUUCACAGAGGUCGGAGGUGUUUUGGAGGCGAGAUACUGCGGUACUUACGCCCACAAGACGAAGCCUGGCGACAACAACUUUUACAUCUGCACCUGA